AUGAACACCAUUGGCACGAUGGGUCAUCUGUUGAAAAGAGAGGAGAAUACUGGCGAACGUCUCUCUUUAUUAGAGGAAGAAAAGACUUUGGCAACAUUACCAUUAAAGACGAGCCGCGGGAAGAUUUCAUCCUCCUCAUCCUCGAAAACGAAAAGCGUUGGAUUCAUCUGCGCGUUAUCUCUCGGCGCGUUCGCUUUGAGCGCUUCUUCGUCGAGUAAAAAGAAUAGCGGCGCGUAUAACAUCGACGCGGCGUUCAAAUCUGGCUCUCCGAUGUCUUUAUUGGGCGUUUCCGAUCAAAUCGAUGUCAUGAAAAGUUUGAUCGUGGACACGUGCGGGAAAUCCGCCCUGCGUGACUACGAGAAGACGUAUUCCUUGUUACCGGGAGAAAAGGCAGCGUCGGAGAUGGGCGAGAGAGAAGAAGAAGGAGACGAUAAGAAAUACGCCAAAGCGGACGCGUUUUUAUCCAAAUUAAAGAAUGCGAACGGAGGAAAGAAGGAGGAUCAAGAGGACGACGACGAAGAUUUAGAAAUCGAUUCCUCGAAAAACACGGAUACGUUUUUGCGAGAGUUCAACGACAUGCAAAAACGGAUGAAGGAGACGAAGAAAUUCGCGAACGAAGAAGAGGAUGAUUUGGAGGAGGCAAAGGAGGAUUCUUCUUCGGACGGGGAGCGAACGGUGGAAGAGCGAGAGGACGCGAGGUUCGAGAAGAAGUUGACGAAGACUUUGGCCAAAGACGAUAUCGACGAAGAGGACGAAGAAGAGAAAAAGCACCGACCCCAAUCAUCGAGGAAGAAGCAAUCGUCGUCUUCGGAUCAGAAAAGCAGCAGCCGCAGCAGCGCUUCUGAGGACGAGGACCAUCGACGUCCAAGCAAGAAUUUUUCCGGGUACAGGGAAAAGUUUCACUCGGACGCCGACGACGAGGAGUUCGUGGAGAGAGAGACGGAAAGAGACGAGCGACGAUCCGUCUCUUCCUCCUCUUCUUCUUCUUCUUCUUCUUCUUCUUCUAGAGACAACAACAACAACAACCAGAGAGAACGUUUGUACGAACGCAAGAGCAGCAGCGGCGAUAAAGACGACGACAAGUCUACUUACGCCUCCAAAGGCGCUCGACGCAUGUUGUUGGAAGAAGCGUUGCCAAACGCAUCCGAAGAGAAAGAGUUGGUUGAAGUCGCCGAGGAAGAGAUCAAGCACACCGGGGUGUUCGCUUUGUUGCAAAAAAUGGUUGGCGGCGAACAAUCGAGUCAAGAUCCGGUCAAGCCGGGACAAAUGCCGCAGUUGGGUUUACCGCAGCAAACGAAGAUGUUGUCGAAGAAGAAUAAGAAGAAGUCGACGACGAAGAAGGGAGACUUAAACGUUGCCGCCGGAUUGGGCAAAUCCAUGGGCGUUCACGUCGAUGAAGAAGUCGACGACGAAAACGAAGGCGACGAAGGAGAAGAAGAACAAAUGAAAGAAGAAGAAGAAGAACAUGAACAACAAACCGAAGAACAAACUCGAACCGAUAAGGUGUUAAAGCUCGCGCAAGACGGCGAAAAAGCGUUGGAACGCGAAGCGAUUGAGAAAGUCUACAAAGGCGACGGCUCCAAAUCCAAGAAGAAAUCUGCGUUGGAGAUCCAACGAGGCGAGACUUCUUCUGAUAUGAGCGAAACGGACGAAGAAGCUUUGGAGAUUGAGAACGGCGCCGCGGAUAAGUACUACGACGUCACGAAAGUCGAACACUUGGCGCAAGAAACGCUCAAGAGAAAUAUGGGUGGUUCCAAAGGUGAAGCGUCCAUGGGCGAGCAGCAGCAAACCAUCAACACGAAAGCGUUGGAGGAAGCCAUCGGGAGAGCGGCGAACCAAUCGCCGGACAUCACCAGAAAAGAGUUGUUUUCCACCUUGGGACGCAAAUCCAAGGAAGAGUUUGUCAACGCCGCGCGAUUGAAGAAACUCGUCGAGUUGAAACACAUCGCGACGACGUGCAAACCGACGCUCAGCGACGGCGGUAAAGCCAUGGAACGUGCGAAAGAAGCGGCGCAACAAGCCGCCAUGAAAGUCAAGCAAGCCGCGGCGAGAAGAGCGGAAGCGGAAGCGAACUACGAGCACUCGCAAGAAGUUGCGAAAAUCGCCGCCCAAAAAGUCGACGACAUCACCGAACUCGCGCAAAAGAAGAUCCAAGAAGUUCAAGAAGUUGCCAAGAGAAAAGUGCAAAACGCAAAAGACAUUUCUCGAUUAGCCGGACGUAAAGUCGAAGACGAGUUUGACAUGCUUGGGAAAACCAAGGAAGAUUUCAACUUGCACGUGCAACACGCGAUGAAAUCAGUCGAAGCCGCGAAAGAAGCCGCUUCGUCGGCGUUGGAAGAGACGAAGAAGAAGUCCCACACGGCCAAGCAACGCGCCGCGGCGCUGGAAGUUUCAUUGGCGAAGGAAUACGAAGAGGCGAGAACCGAGCGCGAAAUCGAAGAGAAGAAGUUGGCAAAGGCGGAAGCGCAAGCGGAAGCGGCGGAGACGGAGAGAGAACAGAAAGUGUUGGAAGCGCACCAAAGACAGAUGGAAAUCGAAAAGGUUGCCAAGGAGAGACAGUACAAGUUGGAGGAGGAGCAAAGACAAAUGGAAGAGGCGAAGAAGCGCUCGAUGGCGAAGAGCACGCAAUACCGCACCUCCGCGGAGGACGCGUUGGAAAAGUUGUCCGUGAUUGAUUUUAAUAACAACAAGGAUAGCGACGACGUGGCGCGAAUCGGGUUUGGCGAGGAAGACAUCGCUUCUGGGUACCCCGACGACGACGAAACGCAAAUGGCCAUGGGCGGCGCGUCAUCCUCGGAUGGUGAUGGAUUCGAUCCGUGGACCCGCAAGUAA